AUGCCUGCCACUACUCACCCAGAAUACAAUGAUAAAACCGAAGCCAAGGAGGUUGCUAAAGCAUUCUCUCACAUCAUCUCUGGCAAGACUGUGGUCAUCACCGGAGUGAAUCGUGGAGGAAUUGGGUUUGGUACUGCUGAAGCGUUUGCUUCUCAGGCUCCCGCACACCUUAUUGUCACGGGCAGAACAAUUUCCAAACUUCAAGAGAGCAUCGAUGCUCUUCGCGUUCAGUUUCCUGGUGUUGACUAUCGCAGCUUGCACAUCGACCUUUCCGACCAGCAUUCUGUACGCACUGCAGCUGCCGAACUCCUGUCUUGGACUGAUAUCCCCACCGUUGAUAUCCUAGUGAACAGCGCCGGCGUCUCCCUGUUCCCAGAACGAAAGUUGAGCGCUGAUGGAAUUGAGCUCACUUUCGCUACAAACCACAUUGGCCAUUUUUUAUUUACUUCCUUGAUCAUGCCGAAAAUCAUCGCGGCGGCCGAAAAGAACCCCAAGGGUAGUACACGGGUAAUCAACGUCAGCUCUGGAUCACCCAUGGUUGCAAGAAUGCGUUGGAGUGACAUAAACUUUGAGCAGAAAAGUAAGGAUCUUCCAGAAGCAGAACGGCCCUUGCCGGCUAUCCACAAGGCUUGGGGGUUGGACAACACUGAAGACGUGUCAUACAUACCACUGGAAGCCUAUAAUGUGAGCAAGGUGGCAAAUAUCCUAUUUGGUAUUGGUAUCAACAAGAGACUCUACGACAAAUACGGGAUUCUCAGCUUGGGUUUGCAUCCAGGUGUUAUUGAGACUGAACUGGGUAGGAAUGCCUCGCCCGAAGUCACGGUCUGGAUAAAGGGGCUGAAGGAUAAAGGGUAUUAUACCGAGAAAAGCUUGGGUGCAGGGGCAUCUACAAGCCUCGUGGCAGCAUUAGACCCUGAACUGGGCGUUGGAGAAACAAGGAAUGGCAAAGAAAACUAUGGCGCAUAUCUCGCUGACUGUCAGAUCAACGAAGAGGCCCAACCACUCGCAGUCUCCAGUCUUGAAGCCGAGAAGUUGUGGGAGCUGUCUCAGAACUUGGUCAAACAAAAAUUUGAUUGGUAG